CUGUCCAAUUCCUAGUAAUAACCCUACCCCGCGUCGAAAUCACGCUUAAAAAAUCCGAAACAUCUACCGCUUCUCUCUCUAUAUAAAACACCGUCAAUUUUUUUUCUCUCUCUCUCCAUCUCUACAAUUCGAAUCCGGAUCCACCGCCUUCGAUCCAAGCUCCAAACCCUAUUCCUCUCUCUCUGUAGAUUUUCUUCUCUAUCAAACAGUAGUUUCCCUCUCAUUUCUUUCUACGCAAAAAAUGAGGAAGGGAGCUAAGAGAAAGAGGGUUCAAAAAGACAAAGAAGAAGAACCUAAAGCAUCUUCUUCUUCACAAGAGAAUCACAAGCACGAAUCUACCAAAGCUCCUACUCGAGCUAAGCGGGUCAAUGCAUCCAAACCCCAAUCCGAACCCGAAUACUUCGAAGAUAAGCGGAACUUGGAAGAUCUAUGGAAGGCAGCGUUUCCUGUUGGGACAGAGUGGGAUCAAUUGGAUUCUCUCUAUCAGUUCAACUGGAAUUUCUCCAACUUGGAAGAUGCAUUUGAAGAGGGUGGAGUUCUGCAUGGAAAGAAAGUAUACCUGUUUGGUUGUACAGAGCCUCAAUUGGUGUCUUUAAAGGGUGAAGAUAAAGUAGUUUGCAUUCCUGCAGUAGUGGCUGUUGUAUCUCCAUUCCCUCCUUCUGAUAAGAUUGGAAUUAACUCAGUUCAGAGGGAGGCUGAAGAAAUUGUACCCAUGAAGCAAAUGAAAAUGGAUUGGGUACCAUACAUUCCCCUGGAGAAUAGAGAUAGUCAGGUUGAUAGACUGAAGUCUCAAAUUUUUAUUUUGAGCUGCACUCAAAGGAGGACCGCUUUGAGACAUUUGAAGAUAGACCGUAUUAAGAAAUAUGAAUACUGCCUGCCAUAUUUCUAUCACCCCUUUAAGCAGGAUGAGCUUGAACAAAGUACUGAGGUCCAGAUAAUUUUUCCAGCAGAACCAAAGCCGGUUUUCUGUGAAUUUGAUUGGGAGUUAGAUGAGCUUGAGGAGUUCACUGAUAAGCUGAUUGAGGAAGAGGAAUUAUCUGCAGAUCAAAAGGAUGCCUUCAAGGAGUUUGUCAAGGAGAAAGUUCGAGAAGCAAAGAAAGCUAACCGUGAGGCAAGGGAAUCCAGGAAAAAGACCUUGGAAGCAAUGAGCGAGGAAACCAAAAAGGCCUAUGAAAAUAUGAGGUUUUACAAGUUCUAUCCUGUGCAAACACCAGAUACACCUGACAUAUCAAAUGUAAAGGCUCCAUUCAUAAACAGGUACUACGGGAAGGCUCAUGAGGUUCUAUGACUUGACUCACGGAGGACAGUAUUGACCAAGAGAUUCCUCAGGCUUUGCUUUGGCUGUCGGAUUUGAAGAUUUUUUUCACCCAUGAGGAAGUUGGAAGGCGUGCCUCUGGUGCCCCGCGGUUUUUCUUUUGUCAAAGUUUAGGUAUCUUAGUAGAAAGAUGUAUACUCGUAGUAGUUGGAGAAUUUUUAGGUAAGCAGUUGAGUCCCUCAUUACAAUAGGGAGGCAUUUGUAAGAUGCAUUGUUUAAGUCUUAAAUUUUCAGUGUCUUGUUGAGUCGCAGGUAGUGAAAUUUCCCUGUCACUCAAGUUUGUCUUAGUUACUUAGGUAUCUCUUGAAAAUCUCUGUUCUAAUACCAUGUCAUUAGAUUUUUGUAUGACCAAAAGUAAUAUUUAAGAAACAAAAUGAAUAAUUGAUUAGUUGAAUAUUUUAGAUUUA